AUGACCUUGCACCGAGCGCUACGCUCGCUAGUCGACCUCGCCAACCAGCACCAAUGGACUGACAUCCUCGACGUUCUAGCGGCAAAUGCCCAUGUCCCCGACCUCAACGCCGUCGAUGCGAAAGGCCUCUCAGCCCUCGCACGCGCGUGCCGCAGCGGCCAGCGACGCGUCGUCAUCGCAUUGCUAGAGCAAUCUGCCAUUGACCUCUUCAUCGAAGACCGGUGUGGCCUCACGGCGCUCGACUGGGCCAAGCGCGAAGGCCACGACGCCUGCGCCCGCCUUGUCGAGAGCGCAGCGUACGCGCAGGUGCACAGCGCCCACGAGAGUCCGCUCCAAGCCGACGUCGACGCACUCGACGGUGCGUUUGACGAGCAACUCUUUGCCCGCGCUGUCCGCGUCGACGUGCCUUCGGCGCUGCGGAUGCUCGAUUCGUUUGUGGCCGCACCCACCGUCCACAAACAUGUGUUUUCGAACCUCCACCUCCUGUAUGGCAUGCACGACGCCAAGACCAGCGCGCUCUACUCGAUUCUCAACGCCCAGCGCACGAAUCCCGAAGGCACGUACGCGUGUCUGGGGCACGUGGCUGUCCAGCGCGUCCUUGACAUCAAGUGGGCCCUCUUUGGGCAGCGCCGGUACAUUCACCAGAUCCUCGUCUUCGCACUCGUGCUCAUGGCCAUGACGGUCUCGGUCGCCACGGCGUAUGCCACGGCCAAGACGGCCGAGGUGUCGAUCUACAAAGCUGCGAUCGAGGCGUGCCGGGGCCGGCUCGCCGACAACGUGUGUCUCUACGAAAAGUUCAACGCGACGUUUCGAGACCAGGCCAACGCGACGUCUCGGCGGGACCAGGACAACGCGACGUACACGGCGCUGAUCCAGUACACUGGCAUCCAGCUCCAGUUUGUGCAAAUCGCGUGGGUUCCGUCCAUCUGCUUUGUCUUCUUUGGCCUCGUUUACGCCCAGCAACUGCAGCCGACGCGGCUCUGGCAGUGGGCUCGCUACGCGAACGAUGGCACGUGGGGUCCUUACGACGCAGCGGUGACGCUACCGCACUGGCCGCAGCUCCAAGCCGCUGCCAAGCGCCUCCUCAUGCGCCGCGUACUCUAUUGGACAUGCGCCACCAGCUUCUUUCCGAUUGUGUGUGCUGUCACCGCCAUCUUGCGGACGACCGAGACGAUCCCGCACUGGAUCAUCCCGAACGGUCGCCACAUCUACAUUAGCUACACACUACCGUGGCUCACGUGGUCGACGGCGACCGUGCUCUGGUGCGGCGUCCUCUACUUUUUGCUACUGGAAUACCGAGAGCUGCGGUCCGAAGACCGGGCGAUUGAAGAGCGACGCGAGAAGGCCGAGGGGGUUGUCUGGCUUCUUUACACCCUCCUUUUGUUUGUUCUGUUGCCGUGGGCGACGCCGUUCUUACGCCGGUACCGCCGGUACUAUGCCUCUGGCUUCAACCUCUUUCAGCUCGUCAUCUUUUCAUUCGUGCUCUUGUACGUACCGCUGCAUCUCAUUUACGCCCAAAGCAACGCGUCGCCCGACCUCAACAACGACCCCGUGUACCAGGCGUACAUAUGCAUUGGCGCCACCGCGACGCUCGGUCUCUGGAUGAUGUCGACGCAGUUUCUGCAAAUUCACCCCACGGGCGGGUACCUGGUGCCGCUCUUGAUGGACAUUGUGACCGACGUACGUGGCAUCGCGCUGCUUUUUAGCGUCGUCCAGCUGGCGCCAAAAUACGCGACGUUGUACGACGCGUUUUUUGCGUCGUACCUUGUACUCUACGGCGGUCUCCAGCUCGACGACUUUACAGGCGACGCGGGCAAGUAUUUGCGGACGUACACCGUCGGCAACAAGGUUGAAUCCAAGUUUGUCGAUGUCGUGUCGCCGGCGCUGGUGCCGCUGGGCAUCAUCCUGCGCAUGGUCCAAGUCGCCAUGUACGUCGUCGUGCUCGCCAACCUCCUCAUCGCCAUGAUGAACAAAACCGUCGAGAAGAAGUGGGACACGACCCGCGCUCGCGCCGAUGUCAGCGCCGCCGAGUGCGUUCUCCGACUUGAACGCACGUCCAAGCAGACCAUCGCGGCGCGUCAAGCCGUCAUGUACAUGGACCCGCCCAAGACGGUCUCGGGACCGGUGCGAUGGGUGCGGUAUUGUUUUGGUCUGCGCCCAGCAGCAGCCAGUGUCGUCGCACCGCAAUGGCUGCACCCACUCUUCACCGAACACGUCUGGAAGUACGCGUUGCGGCCGCUAGACGCGCUCGCCACGGACGACGAUAAGGACGAAGCACCGACGAGCACGGCUGUCGAUACCGAGCUGCAAGUGCGUCUCCGGGGCAUACGAACCAAGUUUGAUCAGUUGGCGAGCAAGUUGGCCGCCCACCAUACAUAG